AUGGCUGAAGAGGAGGCUCCAGAAGCAGAACAGGCAGGGCUGGGGCUAGGCCUGGCGGAGGAAAUUCCUCCGUUGAACCCAGAUGAUCUCUUCGUGUCUGCCGCCACGGGCUUGACGGGUGUGCUGGACUCUCACAACGUCUUGGCUCGGCAGGUCUUGCAGCUCCUCAAGGCUCUUGAGACUUUGAAGGGUCGCUUCGACUGCAGCGAGGAGCAGCGACAACAGGCUGAAGCAGCCAGCAAUGAGGAGAAACAGCGCAACAAGGAAGCUCAGGAAGAGGUGCAAAACCAGGUGAAUGGUCGCCUUGAAUCAUUGGAGGCGCAGAUGGAGCAGCAAGGCAAAUCUCUGGCCACCGUUGAAGAGAAGAUGACCGACCUGCAGGAGAACACCGAGACGAAAAUGCAAGCGCUGCAGCACUCCAUCGACGAAAUCAGUAACCACCAGGCAGAGCUGAAGAGUCGGGUGCUACCUUCCUGGGAAGCGGAGCUGUCGAAGCAAAUCAAAACUUUGGGGCAGGACAUCGUCACCUUCCAGGAGAGCGCGGAGGCUCGAAUGGCCCAAGUGGAAGUUGCGUCCAAGGAACUUAAGGAGGAGUGCCUACAGGUGGAGCAGCGCUUAACGCCGCUGCUGCAGACGGCCAAGCAACGCAUCGACGCCCAGGAGGAGGAGCUGAAGCUGGUGGCAGACUGGCGAAGCGGGUGGAACCAAAUUGGCAUCGGGGCCUUCGACGGAAAAGGCAACGAGCGAGAUCCUGCCUAUUCAAGAUCCAAGAGCAUCAAGAAGCAAAAGAAGGAUGCUUCAGAAUACCAGGUGACAGAGCAAGCCAGUCAGGAGACGGAUUCAUGGGCAGUUUUCCCAGGAAAAUUGCCGUGGAUUUCCACAACGCCGGCAAGCAGAGCCCAGCGCAAGGUGGAAUCAGGAAUUUCUAUGGACAAGCCUCUUGGGAUGCCUCCGCAGCCAGUUCUUCCACCAGCGCCAUCUGUCGAAGUGCCGAUGGCGCUCACAGCGGAGGAGGAAAAGAUGUUGCAACAUCUCAAAGGUUUGCAGGCCAUGGACAUGGAUCUUACGGAGUCAAUGACACGAAGAUUGGAGGAGCUUUCCAUGAGGGAAGCGAAGGCACAAUCCAGUCGGACAUUGACCCAUGGACAGUUGAACAAGCUCAACAAGCUCAAAGUGCAGGUGGCCACAGCUGCACAGAAGAUCAAGGACCUGGACCAGGAGUGGACAUCUUUUGUCAGCACCACGGUAGCCAAGGUUCGACAGCAUGGGGAAAUGUUUCAAACAUGCAGAGCAGAUCUCAUGGAACAUUACAAUGCCAAAAUUCAGGAACUGGCCAAUGUGAAGCGGGAGAUGACGCUGGCAUCCCAAUCGUUGUUGGGACCUCAAUGGACGGAGCCAGUCAUCCCCGAGAUGCCAGACCUAGAAGUGCAAUUCGAAGAUUUGCAGACCACCAUGGAGAUGGAGGGGCAUGCAGGCCCUAUAGAUCUAACGGAAGCCAUGGAGGAGGAGGAACUUGUGGAGCCAGAGGACAUGCUGCAUGGAGCAUCGUGCAAAGCAACACCACGAGCCCUUCGUCCCUUUCGUGGGUCAAGUUCGCCGAGCAAAGUUGCAAACCACCAUCUCAAGGUGAAGGCGCAAGAUUCGAAAGACAGCAAGGAUGCCAAGCACAAGGACAAGGAGAAAGAGGAAGAUCACGGUGAGUUUUGUUCUCCAUUGUUUUCACCGUUGGAGAAGCAGGGCAAUUAUGAGUGUGAGAGCUUGGUGGCUAACUCGGAUCUGAUCAGGCCAGCACAACCUCAUUAUGUAGACAAGGCCGUUUUGCGGGAUGGCAAGGAGGGUAACGUGGAUCUCCUUGCAUCCCAGGUCUUGGAUGACGAUGUUGACACCGAUUUUGUGGACAGAACGCAUCGCCAGAGAGUUGUUUUUCAUGGACACAUGGGUUUCUCGGAGUUUGAACAUGCGUGUCGAGAGACGUGGAAGGAGUUGAUGGAUGGGUCGCACCUGCGAUGGUAUGUGGUCCAGGGACAGCCUGAUGGCCUGCCUAGCACGAAGGCACAUGUUAUCAUUGUCCAGGGUGAUGAUACUCCGUGGUCCGUGCUCCUGAUGAAAGGAGUUGGUUUGCCACCACUCAUGUCUACUCGAGCUGUUCUGUAUGCAAAAGAGUGCACUGUGCGGGCAGUCUUCCGAGAAGCACAAUAUUCGGAGGCAUGUGCCAUGCAAAUUUUUUUGUGCUGCAUUCAGUAUGAUCAGUGUGGAGAAGCACGGCAAGUUGCUGAUGAUGAUGUGUGUAGGGUGCCACAAGCGCAGUAUGUGGUCGGCAACUUAUGUCCUCUGGGUCUCUCCGAUGGGGAGGAUAGUGGUGACGCCUCGACUGCAUCAACAGAUCUCCCUUCAGAUGAAGAUGAUGUUGAUUCGGUUUCAUGGUUGUCUUCAUCAGCAACAGAAAAAUGGACAGCGUGGACAUGGGAGUUACAUCAAGGUUUCCGACACACCAGCGUCAUGGAUGAGGCUCUUGCAAAAUCACAUACAUGGGCACAUGAAGAGAAGGAAACCAAAGCGGACACCCUUUGGUCCUGGCAAGCUCAAUCUCUCAGGACAUCUCAGCAGAUGGACAAAGGCGGGGGUGAGGGUAACGUCGAUCUCACCUGGCUUGCAGAUGUUGAAUCUUCCUCCUUUGCUGAAACUGACGAAAUUGGAUGGAUGUCCAACAGACCAAUUGCCUUACAAUUCGAGCGUCCGGACCCUUAUCCUUGGGAGGCCAUUGACGAUGCUGAUAUUGAUCAGGAAGAUGAAGAGAUUGAUGAUGAUGUUUCAUUUGCUCAUGGCCAUCAAGACCAGGCGCAAGCUUUCCUAGACCAAGCCUUGGAAGGUCUUGAGGAAAGUGAAAGGCGAUGGGUUGUUGUGACCUAUGGAUUGGGUCUAGUCGACUUAGGUCGAAGAGAGACAGACUUCAACCCAUGGAGGCUUCAUGAAUUGGAAGGCAAGAUUCGCACGCUUUGGGAGGACCACCUGCAAUAUGGCAGCAUCACAGUCUAUCAUGUUACACCACAGCCAUGCGAAGUUGCUGGACCCAAUACUCUUGUGGUGUUGGUCGUUAUUGAGAGUCCGGAAGACAUGAACGAGGACGUGAGGAAUGUUUUAGUCAUUCAGCGAGGUCCUCGUCAUUUGCCUCUCAGACCAGCGCCCUAUGGGGCCAAGAUUUUCACUGACAUUUCCAUUCGGGACGCUUUAGUUCAACUUGACAUGCACAAGCAUUGCAAACCUUUCAAGAUGAGGGAUUGUUUGAUUCGCUUGGGAUACAAUGUCAUGGAACCGGAUCAGCGAUAUGAUGUCAGAGAUGGAAUGCUCUGCACGGUGCGGGUGGAAGACACACCAGAGUUGGUGACACAAGCAGGAAACAUCGUGGACAGAGUUGAAGAUUUUUAUCUGCAAGUGGAAGAGUUGCAGCACAUGGAGGGUGACAUCCAUCAGAUCAUCUGUCAUGUCCAUGGCAUCUCGCCGGCAAACCGUCCUUUAGGUUGGCGGCAGUUGAUUCUGGAAGGAGAUGAUUUGCUACAUUUGGAUUGGAUUUCGCAAAUGCAGCAGCUUUGGCCUUUUGAUUCAGAUAAUGCCAGGGUUGUCUUUUGCACCAUGGCCACUGAUGAUUUGCGUGAUGCUGAACACAUUCGUUUUCAUUUUGUUGUUGACUAUGGUGGCAGGGAAGGAUUUCCCAUCCUGGUGCAGCAACAAAUUGUUUCAGCACAAUCCAUGCCAUAUCGUUCUGAAGGAGCCAAUGAAUAUUGGGCUAUUUCAGUGCUCGAAGGCCCAGUUUCGUUGGAUAUUGUGACAGCAUUAGCCAUCCACCCCUUCUGGUUCGAUUAUGCCUUGUUGCAGGGAGUUCGUCCUCAUGUGCUUGUCAACGGACGUAGAAUCAGUGGAUUGCAAGCAGUGUGGCAAGCAGGAGACUUUGUGCAUGUGCGUCUUCAGGUUUGGCAGAAUCAUCAUAUGCUUUCCAUUCUUUUGCAUGAGGGAGUGGAGGCUCCACAAGAGCCUGAGCUGGAACACACCUCUUUUGUGCAGAUACGAAGCAGCAAGAGUAGGUCGAGAAUGAUUGCUCUUGAGCCCAUUGGAGAGAUCUGUGAGACUCUGCAAGUUGCAAACUGGCAGUUACCGGAAGAGGAGAACACAGAACCUCCGCAUGGAGGACAUCUCAGAAAUGAUGUGUACGGCAACAAUGCUGGUGAGGGUCCCCAAUUCCACCAUGACAUGGAUAGUAUCAGUGAGAUUCAGCAACACUUGCGCUUCGUGAUGAGUCGUGGGUAUGAAUGUAUCAACUAUGACUUUAUGCUGAUUCCUGAUCUUCACCCUUUCGCAAGGGAAGCUUGCAAAAUUACAGAUGACUGUCCAGGGGAGCAACCAGUCUUUCAUGUCUACACAGAUGGUUCUAGCAAAAAUGAUGUGGCCACAUGGGCAAUCACAAUCCUGCAGCAAUCGCAGCUUGAAGGGCGGAACCAAUUUCAUCGUGUGGGUUUUGCAGCUGGUUUUGUGCAGGAUGAUCUUGGCCCAUGCAAUUCAUCGGCAAUGGAUGCGGAGGCCACAGCGAUCAUCGCAAUGGCAGAAGUUGCGCUGGGAUUGUGUGCGCAGGAAGCGUGUUUUGUUCACUGCCAUUUUGAUGCUUUGGCUGUUGGCUUUGGUGCAGUGGGGAUUUCCAACAUCCCUAUGCAAAAAGAUGGCACAUCACAACGCCAAGCUCAUGCCAGAAUCAUGAUGACCAUCCUUGAGCAAAGAACUCAGAGGUUUGGAGGUGCUUUUCAAGGUGUACAUGUUCGUGCACAUCAAGGGCAGCCUUGGAAUGAGAUGUCAGACAGCAUAGCAAAAGCAGUGUGGCGAGGAUGGAAACCCCCCUUAGCAUUUGAGUUUCGUUCAGGGGAUCUAUUGCAGCAUGAGCUGGCAGCGUGGGCUUGGCUGGAGAUCUCCCCUAGUGAGGAACUCCCGGAUUUACGCACAAUUCUGCAGAAUGCCAAGCCGGAUGCAGAUCAGGGCUGUGUUGACUCUACCCUACGGCCUCCCAUUGAUGAGAGCAUUACAAGUCAACAUGUGGCCAGGUUGACUUUCGCUACAGUCAAUGUGAGGACCUUGGAAUAUGGUAGUGGAGAUGGCAGCAGUGUCAGUUGGAAAGUGAACGAGCUCUUACACCAAUUUGCGAACAAUGGUAUCCACAUCAUUGGUGUACAAGAAUCCAGGGCACGUGUUUCCUCAUGCGUGAGCAUGGGGCCUUUCAUACGACUGAUUUCGGCUGGUGUGCAGGGACAAGCAGGAGUUGAACUUUGGCUCAAUGCUGAAGAGCUUGGACGCAUGUUUGGGGUGAAGGUUGUUGCGGACAAGGAUCUCUGUACAUGGUACUCCGACACUCGAAUUUUGGCAGUGCGAUGCAGUCUUGGUGCAGUUGUCUUUGAUGUGAUUGUGCUUUAUGCCCCGCAACAGGGACGAGGAAUUGAUGAAGUGUCAAAAUGGUGGGAUAAUUUGAAUGAUGUCAUGAUGCGACGUGACAGCAAUGUGCCGGCAAUCUGUUUGGGUGAUUUCAAUGCCAGAGUUGGAAGUAUCACCAGUGCAGGGUGCGAUGACCAUGCUUGGGAUGUUGAAGAUGAAGCUGGUAGCAGGUUGAGGCAAUUUGUUGACCGAUGGGAUCUCAUGAUCCCAUCCACAUAUGCGCAUUUUCAUGAUGGUCCUUCUGCCACCUUUAUGUCCCCGUUGGGACACAGCAGUCGAAUCGAUUUCAUUUUGAUCUCCAAAGACUCUCAAUCUGGUAUCAUUCGAUCUUAUGUGGACAGAGAGAUCGAUGUUCUCAAUGGAGAUGGGGAGCAUAGACCCUUGAUGUUAGAAGUUGGAAUGCAGUGGUCGCCUAAAGGAGACGCCAGGUUUCUCCGAAGAAAUUUUUACGACCGUGAUGCUGCAAGAGAGUGGUGCAAGAUGGGAAGUGUCCAGUUGAUGAGCAUGUUGCCAGAACAGCCAUGGUCUCAGGAUGUCAAUGCUCACUGGGCAAACAUCAGGCGACACAUGCAGGAAGGAGCUGCAAAACAUUUCCCCAAAAAGAAGAGGAAGCCAAGGCAGCUGUACUUCAGUGAGAACACAUGGAAUCUACUUUGUGACCGCAAAGAUCUACGCCAGCAACAUCGAACGAUCCAGAGAGAGAUCAACGUGCAUGUGCUGAAGCAAUGUUUUGUUGCGUGGAAAGGCAAACAUGACCAUGUGGAGCAAAACAAAUUGGUGGACUGGGACCUUGCGUUGUUGCGUCAGCAAGAAGCAGUAACGUUGGAAGCCAGGAUCAACAUUGAUGCCCGUUUCAGGUCAUGCAAAAAGUCUGAUUGGAGGAGGUGGAUCAAGGAGCAAUUGGACCAAAAAAUUCAGCAAACAAACCAUGCAAGCAAUGGAGAUUUGUUUAGCAUCUUGCAGCCGAAGAAGAUGAUCGCAAAGCAUGCUGGGAAACUUACCAAGCCUCUUCCUGGCUAUCGAAGUUUGGAUGGUCAAUGGAAGUUUUCCAGGGUCGACAUUGCAGAAGCGUGGCAACAGCAGUUUGCUGACAUCGAAAACGCUGAGACUGUGGCAUUCGAUGAUCUUUUGACCAAAUCCAAGCCCACUUGUGAACCUCGGACUGCUGAGCAGCUCUUGGAAGUGCCAACGUUGAUGGACGUGGAGAAGGCUCUGAGACAGUUGAACCUGGUCAAAGCAGCAGGCCUUGACGGACUGGGAGCCGAGCUCUUCAAGGGCGAUUGUGCUACAGCAGCAAAGAGGAUCUACCCGUUGGUCUUGAAAAUGGGUCUGCGAUGCCAAGGUGUGCCGGAGCUCACAGGCGGCUGGCUCCUGCCUUUACUUAAAGGUAAGGGCAGUGCUCAUGACAUGAAAGGCUACAGGGCGAUUUUGCUCGAACCUGUGGUAGCCAGAGUAAUAUCAAAGGCAUGGAGGCACAUUAUGGUGCAGGGCCUGACACGUGUUGCACGCCCAAUGCAGUGGGGAGGGCGUUCUGGGUUGUCAAUAGAGAGCUUGCACCUUCAAGUUCAAAUGUGGCAAGCGCAAGCUCGACGACAGAAAGAAUCCCAUGCACUCCUCUUCAUUGACAUACGCUCUGCCUUUUACUCUGUGGUCAAAGAGAUGUUGACUGGGUGCGGAAACGAUGUGCAAAUCAGGCAUGUUUUCGAUCGCAUGGGUUUACCCCUCUCAGCAUGGGAGCAGUUCCAAGCUAAUGUCAAGCAUGAGAACAUUCUUGGAAAAGCGACCCAGUCAACACUGACAGCUGACAACACGGAGGCUCUCCUCCAACAUACAUGGUUCACUAUCCUGGACGGCAGGAGCAUCCAGGCUCCGGCCACGGGCUCCCGCCCGGGAGACCCUGGGGCAGAUGUGCUCUUCAGCCUUGUGAUGUCGCGUAUUUUGGGGCGAAUCCAUGAAAGAGCUUGUCGAGCUGGCAUGCCACUUCACUAUCAAGACGACAUGUCAGGCAUCUGGGUCACACGAUGUGUGACGUGGGUUGAUGAUUUGGCCGUAUCAGUAUGUGCUUCUGCUGACCAAGUGGUGGACAAAGCGGCCCACAUGAUGUCUAUUAUCCAGGACACGAUGCUGGAGCAUGGAAUGGUCUUGACUUGUGGAGUUGGAAAGACGGCUGCAAUUUUUGCUUUCCAUGGUGAAGGGGCUACAAAAGCAAGACAGGCUUUCGAGCGCACAAGCAGUGAAGGUUUGUGCAUCAUGUCUGAACACACAGGUGGUCUCAAGAUCCCAAUUGUCGCGCAUUACAAACAUCUUGGUGGACACAUCACAAGAACUGGAAGUUGUUUGCAAGAGAUCAAAGUGCGGACUGCCAGUACCAUGUCCAAGUUGCAUCCCUUGAACAAGCUGCUGAAAAAUCCCAGCUUGGAGGUGGAGAAGAAGCGGCUUUUGAUCAAGAGUAUCGGUAUCCCAGUGCUUACCUUGCAUGCUGGAACCUGGACGGAUCUCACGCAGGGAGAGUACGAUGCAUGGCAGGCUGGUGUUUUCCGCACAUAUCAGCAGAUUCAUUCCAGAGACCAACAAGGGCAAGUGAAGCAUCUCCAGAUCUAUGAGCUGGCAAGAGAUAUGGAUUCACCAUUGCCUAUGGAAUUGAUGUAUGUCCAACGUUUGAGAUUGCUUUUCCACAUCAUGCAUGUUGCGGAUGAAUACAUGAUAGGAGCUGUUAUCCACAACCAUCAGAUCAUGCAAGGUCAAUCGUGGUUGCACGGUGCUGCGAAAGCAGUCAACUGGAUGAGGAGACAGAUCGGUAACAUGUUGGUGCCAGAAGAGCUUAGCCACCUUGAGGACGUGGCAACAUGGAAAGAUUUUCAGCCAUUUGCAGUCACUUUGAAGCGUGGCCUGCGGAAGGCCCAGAAGUCUCAUUUGCUCAAGAUCAAAGCUUUUCUGACCGUGAAAACGCAUGCGGAGGAACAAGAUCAGAUGUUGCGUGAGAUGGGAUGGAAAAGAACAGAUGAAGAGGAAUUGAACCAGAGAGACAGCGAGGUCAGUGCGUGUGAAGUGUGCCAUGUCACUUUCGCUUCCCAAGCAGCUUUGGCAGUUCAUCAGCAGCGCAAGCAUGGCUACAGGAGGUUUUUUCCUAUGGAAGUGGCAGAGGCUAAUCGUUUGGAUGAACUGGACAGAAAACAGGGAGUUGCAAUGCACCAGACGGGGCUUUUGGAUGCAAAGGUUGAUUCCUUGUGGAGGCAGUGGUCAGCAUUUGGCCUGCUUCCACCCGGGCAGGGAGGUCGGAGCAAGACAUCUCGCAAAGUUGGAGACAUGAAUGUUUGCAGCAUCAACAGGGCAGCAGCAGAUUUGGAAGCUGAUCUUUUGGAAAAGGUGCAACAAUGGCAACCAUCCUUCGAUUGGAUUCCAAGGCCGAUGGCGACAGGCCAAAAAUAUGUGUUGAUCCUCUUUUCCGGUCAUCGCCGACAUUCAGACAUUGCCAGCUGGUUGGAGUGGCAGGGCAACAUUCAGCCGAUCAGUGUGGAUCUUGCCAUCGAUCAGAGGUUUGGCAACAUCCUGGAUGAUGUUUUGUGGCGUCGCCUUAUCAUGGCACGCAAAGUCACGGGGGUGCAUGCUGCACCCCCGUGCGAGACAUAUACAUUGGCACGAUGGUUGGAGGUGAGCGAUGGCCCAGCACCGAGACCACUGCGUGACACAAACUUUCCAUGGGGCAAGGAUGACCUUACGUUACAAGAAGUUAUGCAGUGCUUCGUUGGAACAUUGCUCAUGAUGAAAGCGUUGUCUUUGAUUGUUUUGGCUUACUGUUUUGGUGCUUCCUUUUCGUUGGAGCACCCCAAAGGUGUGGAAGGCCGUGAAGGACGCUGGACGAUUUGGGAUUCAGCCAUGAUUCGUCAGCUCAUGCUAGCAGCUGAUGUCAAAAGGAUUGAUUUCAUCCAGGGCCCGCUAGGCCAGCCAUUCACAAAGCCAACAUCAUUGCUCGUUGGAAGGUUGGAAAAUUUUGCCAUGGAGCUCUUCAAGCACUACCAGCCAGGUUGGAAGCCCACAGAGUGGCUUGGUGGAAGGGAGAGCAACCAAAAGGGUUGGCGUACGGCCAAGGCGAAGGCUUACCCUCCCUUGAUGUGCAAAGUGAUCGCUGAAGCUCAUUUACGUUAUGCCCAGGGUCUGGCUGGAGAGGGACAUGAGAAGGAUCCGGAACUCUUGCAGCAGGCAUUAGAGGCAUUGGCCACGGGAUUUGACCCAUAUUUGGUGGGCGCAAAGGGCACGGAAAUGACUAGCGAUUACUGGAAGAACAUGGGGGACAUGGCGGAGCGCAACAGUGAGAGCCAGAAGAGCCUGGAGACGCUUUCAGCCGAGCUCAAGGAGCAGCUCGCAGCAUCGGUUGAGUCCUUGGAAGCCUUUGCAGUGAAACAGGAUGAGGUCGUGAUGUCCGCCUUCAAGGAGUCCUUCAAUAGUCGCCUGGGGAACAUGGAAAGCGCCUUGAAGUGGUCGGACUAUGAGCGGCUGAUCUUCAGCGAACGCACCAGCAAGGAGCUGGUAGAGCUGCGCGAGCAGCUUAAGGCGGUGGAACUGCAGACGGAGAAGCAAAGCGGGGAAGUGUUAGAGCUCAGGAAAGACACCUGCCCCGACAUCCAGAACAUCAAGGGCGACUUUGCAGGGCUGAAAGAGAUCACCUCCAAACUGGAGGAGGCUUUGAAUGGCUGCCAGGCGCGCGCGGCGCAGAUUGAUCACAAUGCACGAGAGGCCACAGCAGAACUUGGAUCGCGCCACGACGAAUUGAAGCAGCGCUUGGUGGCGGAAAUCGAACGGCUAGAGCCGAUCCCGCAGGCGGAAGCGAAGCAGGUGCUCUCAGCCAUUCGCAACGAUGAGGGCGAGCGACUGAAGAGAUUGGAAGCAGACUUUCAACACGAGAGAGGGGAAAGGUUAGAGCUUGCCCAAAGACUGGAGAAGGAGGAGCGUGAACGCCAGGAAAACGUGGAGAAUUGCCAGCGUGUAGCAGAGAAGCGAUCCAGUGACGUGGAACUCGUGAGCCAGGCACAGUUCGAAUCCGUGCGAUGCUUGGUGGAGUCAGCGGAUGCAUUUGGGGCCAACUUGCAGUGGAUGGUGGCUGGAGGAGUUCCACCCGAACAGAUGGGGCGUAUAAUGGUCCCUUACAAUUCCCAGGGCGGUUAA